UAAAAAUAGUACAAGCAAAACAACAUCAAAUCAAAAUAUACCUAAACUAUGAACACUACUACAAGGACCAUUUUGUUUUGGUUCAUAACCUUUACCGUUGCACUUUCUUCCAUCAUUCUUCCUCUCUAUUCCACUAAUUACCACUCUCCCACGAAUAGUCCUAUUGAAACUACUAGCUUUUCACUUGCUAAUUUGCUGAAAAGGGUAAUUGAAAAAAGUGGUAUACAAGAUUUCUUUUCCAUCUUUGAAGAAAUAACAAGAUUGCAUAGUUCUAAAUGUGACUAUUCCAAAUGGAACUCAAAGCUUGUAUCAGUAUAUGGAGUUUCUCAUGUUUUGACUGUGGAUUUAAAUGGUUGUGGAAAUUUCAGCAGUAUACAAAAGGCUGUGGAUGCUGUUCCUGAUGAUAGUUCUACCAAAAGGCUUAUUCUAGUUGAUUCAGGCACAUACAAGGAGAAAGUGGUGAUAAACUCUAGCAAGACAAAUUUAAUAAUAGAAGGUCAAGGUUACCUUAGUACUGCUAUAGCAUGGAAUGAUACUGCAAAUUCUACUGGUGGAACUGUAAAUAGCUUUACUGUUGCUAUUUAUGCUUCCAAUUUCAUAGCCUACAAUAUCAGCUUCCAGAACACAGCUCCACCGGCUUCACCAGGUGAGGUUGGAGCACAAGCAGUGGCUCUAAGAGUAACUGGAGAUGAAGUUGCAUUUUAUGGUUGUGGAUUUUAUGGAGCACAAGACACUCUUAAUGAUGAUCGAGGCAGACAUUACUUUAAAGAAUGCUUCGUUCAAGGAUCCAUUGAUUUUAUCUUUGGAAGUGGUAGAUCACUCUAUGAGGAUUGCAAGAUAAAUUCGAUAGCAAAAGAAGAAAAAAAUGGAGUAGGAGGAUCCAUUACAGCACAAGGAAGAAAUUCCAAAAAUGAAAAUUCUGGAUUUUCAUUUGUGAAUUGUGCUAUUGGUGGCAGUGGUAAAAUAUGGCUGGGCCGAGCAUGGGGAGCAUAUGCUACUGUUAUUUUCUCCAAGACUUACAUGUCAGAUGUGGUUUCUUCAGAUGGCUGGAAUGAUUGGAGAGAUUCAACAAAAGAUCAGUCAGACAGUAUUGUUUGGAGAAUACGAGUGCUUUGGACCUGGAGCCAACUACACAGAUAGGGUACCCUAUGGAAAGCAGUUGAAGCAAAAUGAGGCAGCUCAGUACAUUGACAUCUCAUUUAUAGAUGGAGAACAGUGGCUUCUUAAUGGAAGAUCAGACACUUGAUUUUUGGGAUUCACUAACAUAUAUAGAACGAAGAUAAACAUUGUUUAUGUUGUAUAAAUAUGUAACGACAAAGAUAUGCUUGUACUGUAUAUCAUCUUUAACAGUUAUUUUUCUCGGAUACUAAAAUUAUUAAUUUCCGAGUAAGAUAUAUACAUUAUUCAGACUUUGUCAUUUAUAUGUAUACAGGUUAUAUCCUUGCUUUUUGGCAAGUUUUCUCUUUCA